UGAGGCUAUAAUUACGAUUGUACAGCUAAUUGCUUGUAAAAGCUGAAAAAUACACUAGCUAGCUAGAGCACUAAAUGUUUACUGCAAUAGCCAGUCAUAUCAUAUACAGUUGAACCCGAGCGAGUGUGCCUCUUGCUGAAGCUUCUAGGAGAUCGUAUAGGUGGUUGUGAUCGGAGAUGUUGAUCAAAGAAUACCACAUUCCGUUGCCCCUGUCAGUGGAAGAGUACAGGAUUGCCCAACUCUAUAUGAUUCAGAAAAAGAGCAGAGAGGAGAGUGAAGGACAUGACAGUGCUGUGGAGAUCCUUGAGAACCAUCCAUACACUGAUGGACCCAAUGGGUCAGGCCAGUACACAUACAAGGUAUACCAUAUAGGACGUCACUUACCUAGCUGGUUCAGAGGGAUUGCUCCAAAGACUGCUCUAGAGGUUCAUGAGGAGUCGUGGAAUGCUUACCCUUACACUAAGACUAUCUUCAAGGUCCCCUUUGUGGAGAAGUUUUCAUUGGAAGUGGAGACCUACUUUGUGCAAGAUGAUGGGUCACAGGAGAACAUGUUCAAAAUGUCACCAUCAGAGCUGAGAAACAGGGAGCUUGAUGUGAUAGAUAUAGUCAACAACGAGCUUGGAGACAAGGACUACAAGAGAGAGGAAGACCCCGCCCACUACACCAGCAGCAAGACCGGACGAGGGCACCUCAAGUCUGACUGGAUCUCCAACCCUCCCGGAGGUGUCAUUAUGUGCGCAUACAAGCUCAUCAAGGUUGAGUUCCGGUACUGGGGUCUGCAGUCCAAGGUGGAGCGGUUUGUUCAUGACUAUGGUCUACGUAGGGUCAUGUUGCGUGCUCAUCGUCAAGCGUGGGCGUGGCAAGAUGAGUGGGUGGGACUUACCAUAGCCGAUAUCAGGAGGCUAGAAAGAGAAACACAGUUUAUACUACAGAAGAAUCUCGGACGCUUACCUCCCGAUGCUGUCUUCAAAGAAGAAGAAGACGAUGGCGAUGGAAACAAAGAUGACACCACCGUUACCGAGGAGACCACCACCCUCGAGGAAAGUGACUCUACCACAAAUGUAAUGGCGGAGAAUGACACUAAACAGUUAUCCCAAGACAGUGAGAGGUCAAAGGACAUAGGUCAAAGGGCGCAUGCCUCCUUCAAGUCUAGACGGACCUCUAAAAUCAGACGCUUUCGACGUCAAUCGGACACCAGUCAACGAUCGUUUGUACGGCUGGGGUCAGAGGACAAAGGUGGGCGUGGUGACCCCUCCCCCAAGGCUGAGCCGAGACUGUCCUCCACAAUAGAGUAUGAGAGUGAUGAUGGAUCAAUGUACUCAUCGCGGCAUGAGUGGGCGUUUGAUCAGAUAGCAAUGUCCGAGGAGUCUGAUAGCGAGUUCUUUGAUGCCAGAGAGCAGAUCAGUGAUGAGGAGGCCGUCUCUGACGACGAUGAGAGCAGUGCAGGGGGUCCAAAGGUCGAAUCUCCCCGCAUAUCAACCACACACGCUCCUGGCGAGGACGCUCUGCCUGAUCGGAGCACCCACUUUAAGAGCUUGGAGCUCAAGACUCGACUAACAGCUAGCUUUACUGCACUACCUGUCACUGGGGUGAUGAAAGGUCAAAGUUUACCUCAACUGAGGGUCACAGGGAAGGCCAAAUCACUGGACUGUGCAGGAGAUGAUAUUGGGACCCCCUACGUGCAAGACCACGGGGGUUUAGUGAAGCCCUCAUCAGCUGACAUCCUCUUCCUUGUCUUCCAUGGAGGCUCUGCCCUCGACUCACGUAAAGACACCAUCAGUAAAGACAUAGACUUCCAAACCCUGCACGAUAACUUUACAAACCUCCUCGGUCUCCACUUCCCCUCGGCCGUGGGAAGAGUGGCUCUCAGGAUAGUGCCCUGCGUGGACGUGUGUUGUCAGGCCCUCGAGCUACUCAGUCAGGUCCACUCCACUCCUGUCUCACACUCGACUGACCAGAGACGAUCCUCACGGACUUUAAAGGACUCUACCCCCUCGUCGUUCAUGGAAACGCUGCGUGAUUGCCCCGCCCACCUUCCAGUGGGGGCUGUCCCUCUGUUGGCCACUAAUCACUAUGGUUACGCCGAGAAGCUGGCUGUUGUCACGACAACUGCUAACAAUGCGUAUAACAAGUUUCUACACUCAAAAGAAGGAGAACAUUUCAGCGGACAAGUGUGUCUACUGGCUGACUGUAUGGGGUCAGUUGUGGCCUACGAUAUUCUUACCUCACACCUGUCACCACAUAACUCCCCGUCCCCUGACCGCCCACUCCACACAUCACACUCCCCUCACAGCUCACCUUCCCCGGACAGCAAGGAAGCGUCUGCUAGGCCACGUCCUCUUAGCACUAGUAGCCUCUCGUCAUCAACCACCUCUAUCAAUGUGACGGACGAGAUGGGGUCAGGGUUCAUGUUCGAUGUUACUCACUUCUUUGCUUUUGGGUCGCCACUCGGACUCGUACUUGGUAGUCGGAGGUCAAAGUGCAAGAAAGACGCACAUGAGCCUCCGCCCUCCCCCAGCUGCACUGCAUUCUACAACCUGUUCUAUGAUGUUGAUCCGAUGGCCUCUCGUGUGGAGCCGCUACUAGACACACGGUUUGGUCAUGUGACUCCCGUGCCCCUCCCACCUUAUCAUCUCUAUCCUACAGGUAUGGCAAAGGCCAACUCUUUGCUUGACACGAUUGUGCAACAUCCUCAGUUGUUUGGUAGUACACAGACGCUGUUUCCUCCGCAGUGGGCGGGGCCUGGGCUCACCAAGUACCCCUCCAGUGACAGUCUGACGUCCAAUCGGAAUACUGGAAAAGAGCUGAAACCGUUCUCGACGUGGUGGUCACAGGCGGACGGUGGUCGUAUUGACUACAUCUUGGAGUCCCCUCAGGGCUCAGAGGGAUUCAACCUCCUCCCUCAGGCCGCAUUCUCACACAUCAUCCACUCUCGUUAUUGGGAGACGAAGGAAAUGGUCUCGUUCAUGCUACGACAGGUGCUCCGUCAUGACAGCGUGUCCCUGAAGCAGACUGCUAAUGAUAAGGAGCUGAUUCCCUUCAUCCCUCAAGAGAGAGUCCAUCGCUGGAACAGACGAACCACCAACAUGAAGAUCAAUCGCUUGAGCCCCAAUCAUCGUGUCUCUGACGUGCUAUCUGUAGACUCUGGCCCACCCCCCUCCUUCACAGCCAAGUUCCAGUACGGCCCACUGGCAGUAACCUCGCUGUGCAAGGAAGAGGUGGAGCUUCACGUUCUCGUCCAGAUGCCGACCCCUCGCUGGGAACUAUGUGGGGGUGGGCAGACGGACAAACACGGCAAGCUGGUACUCUCGUUGUCCGAGGAUAAACCACACCCAGUGGGCGUGUAUCCCGUCAAGUUCCUAGUCAAAGGUGAUCACACAACGGCCUCGUGUAACUUGUUUGUAGUCCCGCCCCACACUGAGGGGGCAGUGUUCAGCGUAGAUGGAGCACUCGCUUCUAACUUCUCACUCAGUGCCAAGGACAUGCGGGUCAAGCAGGGCGCCGUGGCAACCGCACGACGUUGGCAAGAGCGCGGCUAUCUACCCAUCUACAUCACCGGUCGUCCACUGAUUCAGAAGGAGCACAUCUUGUCGUUCUUGGGUGCCCAUCGCUUCCCACUGGGUGUAGUCGCGUGUGCAGACUCUCUCUCACCAACCGACUCGCAAACUUUCAAGACAAUGUACCUCGCCAGGCUAAUUAAAGAGGCGAAGCUGAUAAUCCACGUUGCGUACGGCUCUCAGAGGCAUCUAGCGGGAUUCAUGGAGCUGGGCCUGCAGUCGGACCAGAUCUAUAUCCAUGGGAAUAGAAGAGCUUCAAAGAACCCCAGCGUCUCCAACUGCCAAUAUUUGCUGGAUGGCUUUGGUUCACACCUGUCGACCCUUGACCCCCGGCCGGCUAGCUACGAUGCUCGCAAUCUGAUUGGUGACAUCUGCUUUGUGCUGCCAGGUGUCCCAAAGAGUACAGAGGUCAAAAGAAAGUCUUCAAAGAAGUCGAGUGGAGACAGAGACACAAGACACAAGCAUCUAAGCAUGUCAUUAGAGACUUCUAAAUUACUAAAAUCAGAAACAACUGUUUAAGUCUUCGUUUAUAAUUAUUACUUAUAUAGAUUUUUAUAUCAGGUCUCACAGAGUUGUGAGUUAAAUUGCAAAACUUUCAUCCAACUGUG